UAAGUCAACUUAGCCGGCGGAGAAAAUUAAAAGUCCUUGCAAGUUGCAAUUUGACAACAAGACAAGGGACAAGAAUGAGUAAAAUAUCUUCCUCUAUUCCUCGCACAACCACCGAGUAUUGACUGUUACAUUAAUCAAGUUGAACAAAGCACAAACUCAUUGCUAUUCCUAUUUGGACUUUGGAAGUUGCUGUGGCGUUUCUCGUCAUCUUGUUUCUUGCAUCCUUAAUUGUAAUUCAUACACUCUACGCCUGGUAUGCAGCUUCUCAUCAUCAUCAUCUUAUUUCUUGAAUUUUUUGUAGCAGCUCAAUUUCCCACACCACAAGUAUCAACGCCAACAUCAUGGACCAAUAAUAAUAUAUCCCUACUGUCUAUCUCUCAUGGCACUGAUUUGCCCCUAUCAUCUGUAUCUUCUGCACGAAUAAUCCUCUCUGAUAAAAGCAUUAGUGCUGCAUUAUUACAAAACAAAACAUUUACUUCUGCAGUAACUGGUUACGCUUUUGCAUUUUACCCAGCUGCUGGUUAUGGUGAUGGUCGCUUCUUUCUUGCUGUUGCAUUGUGGAGUAAUUAUAAAAGAGAUAACUAUUAUUAUUAUUAUUAUUCUCCUACCAAGACAUGGUCAGCAAAUAGAAAUAAACCUGUUGGUGAGAACGCAACGUUGGAGUUACUAGUUGAUGGAAAUUUGGAGCUGAGAGAUACAGAUGGAAGUGUGGUUUGGUCAACCAACACAUCUAACAAGUCUGUCGCAGGUAUGAAGAUGAUGGAGAAUGGAAACCUGGUCCUCUAUGAUUCCAAUAAUAACACUAUUUGGCAAUCUUUUGAUCAUCCAACAGACACACUACUUCCAGGGCAGAAAUUGGUGAGAGGGAAGAAGAUGGUGGCUAGUGUUUCAGAUACCAAUAUCUCCGAGGGAAAUUAUUAUCUAUCUAUGACCUCCCAAGGUCUGUUUGGCUUUUACCAAGCUAAUAAUGUCCCGCAGAUGUACUUUAAAUCUUUAGCUUAUGGUGGGAACGUUGAAAGCAUAGAACUAAACUACGACGGAUCUAAAAUUGUUUUGUACAUCAAUGCACCUGCGCUUGGGGCGCCUUGGCCUUUUAUAAACGCCCGUGCCGAUAAUAGUUCAGGACUGUUCUUAAGACAUGAUGGGCAUCUCCUUGUAUAUUCUACAAGUCCGUACAACACAAAUGAUGUGCUGACUAGAUUUCUGUCGGAAUGCGAUUACCCCACAGUAUGCCGUGAUUAUGAACUCUGCUCAAAUGGAAGGUGCUCAUGUCUACUAGGAAUUGCUCAAGACAACCAGACAAAUACUCAAGGCGAAUCCCGAUGCGCGGAAAUUAAUGCAACGACAUGUGAUAAUCUUCAACAUCAUACUCUUAUUUCAUAUGAAAAUCUGUCCCAUUUCAGUUAUACUGACGAUGACGCAGCAGCUCUGAAUGGAACAGAUAUAGAGAGUUGUAAGAAGGAAUGCUUGAAAACUUGUGCAUGCAGAGUUGCUUUCUUUCGGCAACGUAGUAAUUCUCUCUUCGGGGAUUGUUUUAUACCUUCUUCAGUUCUUUAUUUCAUAGAUGAGAGAGACGCACAGAACGAUUAUAAAUCAUAUGCCUUCAUCAAAUCGCUCGAUAAUAAAGAAAAUGGAAGAGGUUCUUCAAGGUCAAAUGUCAACUAUAAAAUAAUAGCAGGAUCAAUUGUCGGAGCAUUCCUUCUAGUGGUUCUAGCCACAGGCUUCUGGUUUGUGCUUUUAAGGAACAAAGGGGAUGAAGAGGAAGGCAUGGAAGAUAACUUCGAUAAUCUAUCGGGAAUGCCCAUGAGAUUCACUUAUCAAGCAUUGAAACUGGCCACAGGAGAUUUUCAAGAAAAGCUUGGACAAGGAGGGUUUGGAUCAGUUUUUGAUGGCACCCUUCAAAAUGGAGAUAAAAUUGCAGUCAAACGUCUUGAUGCUAUGGGGCAAGGAAAGAAGGAAUUCUUGGCUGAGGUCAAGACCAUAGGAAGCAUCCACCAUGUUAACCUUGUGAGGCUAAUUGGCUUCUGCGCAGAAAAAUUGCACAGGCUCUUGAUAUAUGAGUUCAUGUGUAAUGGGUCUUUAGACAAAUGGAUUUUCUGCAAGGAACCGAUGCUACGACCUCCUCUAGACUGGCAAACUAGGAGGACAAUUAUCCUAGACAUAGCAAAGGGACUGGCCUAUCUCCAUGAAGAAUGUAGACAGAGAAUAGUACAUCUGGAUAUCAAACCCCAAAAUAUACUAUUGGAUGGAGAACUUCGUGCGAAGAUAUCAGAUUUUGGCUUGUGCAAGUUGAUUGAUAGGGAUCAAAGCCAAGUGGUAACCACGAUGAGAGGAACUCCUGGCUAUGUUGCCCCUGAAUUGUUUAGCUUAAUAAUCACAGAGAAGGCAGAUGUUUAUAGUUUUGGUAUUGUAGUGAUGGAAGUAGUUUGUGGAAGGAAAAACUUAGAUAGAUCACAGCCCGAGGAAUGCAUCCAUUUACUCCCAAUUUUCAUGAGAAAAGCAGAGGAGGGUCAAUUGAUGGAUAUGGUUGACAGAAGCAAUAACAUGCAAUUAUACAGGCCAGAAGCUGUACAGAUGAUGAAGGUUGCAAUUUGGUGUCUGCAAAGUGAUUACAAAAGGAGGCCUUCCAUGUCAGUUGUGGUCAAAGUCUUAGAAGGCAGUUUGGAUAUGGAAACUGACUUAGACUACACAAUCCAUAAUCCAAUAGCAGCAACAAGAGAUGCAGAGCUAGGAACUACAACUCCAAUACUGCCAUCUCUUCUAUCAGGACCAAGUGAUUACUCAUUUUGACACCAACACUGUUCACCAUGGUGAAUCGCAGUAUUUUAUUGGUUAAGCAUCAUAUUUUCCAUAUGUAGACUGUGAGAGUGGGAUUGAGAUUGAAAAUUAUGUUGAUAACUUUUGAAGAGUAUGUUUCAAGUCGGAUUUGAAAAGUCCAUAUCUGGCAUCUGAUCUUAAGUAAAGCAUCAACCAUGAAUACUUUGCUGAAAGUUUUCAAGACAAGAUGGAAAACCCAACUGCCCUUUCCAAUUUCCUUCUGCCAGCUCGCAGAAUGAUAAGAAACUUUACUCAAGGAUCCUUUCUCAUUCCAAAUCCCAUGUACCAUAAAAUCUACCUUUAAGAUUAAUCUCAUAAGGCCCUUGCAGAGUAGUAUAGUCAUGAUAAAUAAAUGGUUGAUUCAAAGCAAGGGAACCCAUAAUCUGGGCCAAAAGGUCCGAUUUUCUUGCCAUCUUUAGGGCAUUUGGCAGCAUAAGUGUCCAUGUUCCUUGAGCAUGAUUCGCUGGAUUGCCAUGGAUUUGGGGUGUCGUUCCUUCUCUGGUUUAGGUCUACUCAGAGAGUAGUUAUUGCAUGAGUGCUAACUCUUGCUGGAAAAUAAUGCAUUAGCUGCAAAUAUAUCUUUUCACAAACCUAUUAAAUAGAUAAUAAAAUUAUUUUUUAGUCUAUCAGGUAUAAUAUAAUUAAAAAUUUAUCUAUUUAUUUUUAAAACUCAAAUACUUUAGUUUUAAAAUUUAAUUCUAUCAAAAUUUGACUCCUUCGUAAACAAUUGCAUUAAUAAAAAAAAUAAAUGAACAAAUUCCUUUUUUUAAAAAUCAACAUUUCGGUCCUCAAAUUUAAUUUCAAAUCAAUUGGAAUACACCCAAAUUUAACAUUUAUCAAUAAUAUUCUUCAAUCCAAAUGCAAAAAAACUCAAAAAAUGAAAGAACUAAACGCAAAUCAUUUGAUAGUUGUACAGAUCAAUGAAUACGCUCAAAAUUAUUUAAACAAAAACACAAAAUCAGUUACUAAGUAGCAAGAUGCUUUCACUGAGAUAAAGCCGUGGAUUGUCCAAUGAGGAGCGAUAGAGCAGCCAUGAGAAGUGACGGUCUGACAAGGUGCGGUAGAGCAACAGUGAUAAACAACGAUCUAUGUGCGAGUACGAGGCUGUAAUGGUUGUGACGAUCUACUAUCUGCGUGCGAGUUCAAGGCUGUAAUAAUUGCAACGACUAAUGCGAACAGCGCUGCAUGCAAUGGAUGGCCACUUGAAAUGAGCUGGCGACUUCAGACAAGGGGAAAGAGGGAUAAAGAGGAUUUGGAGAUUAGAGGGGUGGAAGUAAUUUUUUUUAUUUGUAAAGGAAUUUUUGAAUCUAUAUUUUAAUCUCUUUCCUUUUAGUAAGUUUAAAUUAUGGACUUAACAAAAUUAUUGAAUGGAGAGAGCUCUAAUUUUAAUAAAA